AUGGCCAGUGUGGGCACACGUUUGCUCGCUCUCGAGGAGAAAAUAAAGAAGUGAGUACUGUAACAUUGGGGGCAUGCUGUAUUCUGUAAAUUUCAGGGGAAUUGUGCCAAGAAUUGAAUCGUUCAACGUGCUCGGAUGCCUGGAGAAGCAUUAUGAUCAGGGCAAUCAGCCCGUACAGGAGACUCAUCUGGUUCAAGAGAAGGUCGAGAAAUGGCAAAUGACUCUUCGAAUCAACGAACUUGUGGAUGAAGAUGCCGUCCAACAUCUUGUAAGACGGGAAGAUGACACCAAAAUAUAAUUAUGUUCCAGUUGAGGGAGAUUGAGAUUCUGGAGAAAUUGGAGUCCCACAAGCGUCUGAUGAAUCUGCUGGGCGUCUUCAGACACCGUCAGUACCUGGGUCUUCUUUUCCCCGCUUUUCUUUCUCUUAAGGAAAAAAUUGAAGCCAGAAAAAUGUAAGAAGCUCUUGGGUUACUGUAGUUUCAGAGUUCAAGGUGAGACCAAACCAAAUGCCAUCGCUCUCUUCCACAGAGAUUGCGUGGCCAUGGUGCUGAGACCGGUGAUUAAAGCGCUCAGAUAUAUCCAUUCCAAGGGAUAUGUCCAUACUCAGUUGCAGAGUCUCAAUUUGUACAUGAACGAGAAUUGUUAUGUGAAGUUGGGAGGAUUUGGAUAUGCCAGAAACAUUAGAAGCACGUAAGUCUUUGAACCCUAAAAAAUGGCUGCUGACAAAAAGCUUUCUGUAGUCAAAAAAAUGGCGCUACGACUUUUCGGAUCAGCGACAGUUCGGGUUGAAGAUACUUUGGGUUACUUCGAUUUGCCGAAAUGAUAACAUUGACCAAGUCCAAUAGUUUAUCCCUUAUUUUGAGGUAUUUUACAUGUAUUACUGCAAAAAUAUCCAGCUAGAACUUACGCAUCUUCGUUUUUUGGAGAAAGUUCAGGUUGUUUCUAUGUUGCAAUAACACAAGGUCAAGAAAAAAAGAGACUCAGUACGCGAAUUAUCAACUCAGUAACCGUCAGAGCCCAGUGCUCGCGUAAAAUCAUCAUGGCCUCUGAUCGGACUCGAACUCCCGAUCAUUUGAAUGGAAAGCCGCCACACUUCCACUGGACUAUUCAAACUCUCUUUGUUUUUUUAGGAACUGGGUCUUUCUCGGCGACCAUAAUCUCUAUCCUCCAGAAGUGUUGAAGGAAAGUGGAGAGAUAAAACCCAGCAUCGAUUAUUGGGGCCUAGGACUCUUGACCAUGGAGAUUAUUAGUGGCAAGAGAUUCCGCCAUUGUGCAGCCGACGCCAAGAGCAUUUUGUUGGAUUACGUAAGAUGUUUUGCCUGCCGCCCUUCAUUCGGGGCAGAUUCCAUUUGUGGCAGAUCGAGUAAAGAUUAAAUUUUCAUAGUCAUGCUGCAAAAUUGUUUGACUAGCUAGCCGAUGUGUUGCCGUGGCAGUCAAUUUUUUGGGGUCGAGAAGUUAUGGGUGACGCAGGUUCGGGUAACCCUUUUGGGUGAUGUAAAUCCGGGUGGAGCAUAUUCGGGCUCCCAUAAUUUCAGUCACCCAAUUUUUUGGCCGUAUCUAACCCGGAAUUUGGAUUGGCUAGCCAAAGUAUAGUGUUAGAAUCGCUGUCAUCUUUCCAUCAUGUUUGUUGUUACUUAUGGCAUGGCUACCUUUCAUUUGAGGCAGAUCGAAUUUCCAUAGCCAUGUCGCAACUUGCCACACAAUGGCUCAGGGGCGUAAGUCGGCUUCCAUCUGAAAUCACCAGCUAGGAAGUCAAACGGUUUUGAACAAAAAAUCUGAUGAUUACCCGCUCUCCUCCAAAUGAAAGAUUGCGGUUUUGUGAGGAUUAAAUUCAUUUAUUUUUAGCUCAAUCGUAGAGCCAAUCCUCCAAGAUUGAAGAAGUUUGCUCCGAAAACAUACGAUGGAGAAAACUGUAUCUACAAUCCCCAUGUUGUUGAUUUCCUGUCCAAAUUGAUGGCCUUUGAUUCAGAAGACCGGAUGGAUCUUGUCAAAGCGAGAGAACACCCAUUUGUCAGCAAGGGAAUCGAUAAAAAGAAGUGUAUGGAAGUUUGGAAUGGUAAGAAAAAAUUGCAUUAAUCCUACAAAAACUUUAGUAAACACCAGUUACGUUUCUGAGAGUGAAAAAGAGAGAUCUUUAAGAGAGGAGAUGACUACCGUAAUCGGUGAUACCAGAGCCUUAAAGCCAGAAUUCCUCAAAAGACUUCUUAGAGCGUCGAGAUUGGCAGCCAAAGAUUUCCAUCCAAUAUUCGACAGCGAGGAUGAGAAAACUCUUCUUGAGAAGUACUACUUGGUACAAUUAACCAUCCCGAUCCCCCCUCUGGACGAAGGUUGGAGUAGGGAUGUUCUCGAUAUUUCCAAUGAUCAAGACCCUAUGGAAUUUUACAAGGUAAGCGACAAGAUUGCUGCUGAAAAGAAUGCCACACCCGAUAUGAAGAAGCGUCCAAGUGUAAGUAGUGCUUUGAGAUAAACAAACCUCUUGUAGUAUGUGAAUAGAAAUGAUCAGAUCUUUUUUGUAAAACGGGAUUGGACCGAGGGAGAACGCCAAUUGUUUGUGGGACUCCAAGUCGCCCGUUGGUAUCAUCGCGGUUACAUUGAGUAUGUUGAAUUUACAGUUAAUAAUGGUUUUAGAUUCCAAGAUGUUAUCAAGAUUGCGAAUGAUAUCGAAGAUCUCUUUACCUUCUAUAUCUCGGACUUUGGCAAUAAUCCCAAGACCGUCAACGCCAGUGAUAUCUAUCUAUACAGUCCACUCCGAUUUGUGUAUGCUAGAAGACAGCCCUUCGACGAUGACAACAGACCCAUCUACAAUGCCUACAUCAAUAUUGCAGUUGGUCCUGAAUCAAUGGUCAAUGUGAAGAGAAAGUACGACCAAUUGGCCGAAAUGGAUCGGAGUAAUGUGCCUGCGGGCAAGAUGACCCUUCAUCAGUCGGUUGUCUACAGAGAAUUGGAUCUCAAGAGAUUCAGAAGAAUGGAAGCCGCGGUUUUGGGAUCUGAGAAGGCCGCCAAGUGGGAAUCUCAGACAUUUGAAGUGGAUGAAAGAAGAAACACCAUCCUGUAUGUAGAAAAAAUAGUGUUAGAUUACAUUUACAGACCUCUUGUCUAUGAGAGAAGAUGCAACAGAAAUCGGGAAUACAAGAGUAAUGCGGCCCAAGAUCAAUUGGCUGACGAACAUGAUCACGACUUCAAUCAGAUCAGAACUGCCAAAAUCUGGAGCGAAUUCGACCGAAACUUCUUGAAAGAAAAAUAUGGGGAUCAACUGGAGGUUGGUCGACUUGCAAACAUAACACUUAAUUUAGCUUCACCACCCGGAUGCUGUCAACCUGUUCGGCCAUCCCUUUGAAGAAAAGGAAAUUGAGAAAACGAUCGACGCCGAUCUUUACAGAGGAAAGGUCUACCAGGAAGAAGAUUAUAUCAGCCCCUUCAGUUCUGCUGAUACUGACAGAGAUCUGGCUUGGAGUGAGGGUUAUUAUAAACAAACCACCCCAUCACAAAGACAGGUCAAUCCAGUCAGCAGUCAGGCGUCGGUGUUCGAUCAAAGUUUCGACGAAUCAAAACACAUUCACCCAAGUCCUGGCCCCAAAUUGACUCGCGGAAGAAGAGCUCCCAAUCAUUAG